CACUAUGGCUCUCUCAUGCUCCUCCGUUUCGGUAGCGUCCCAAUCCUUGUUGUCUCGUCUGCGGAGGCUGCACGUGAGAUCAUGAGAACCCAUGACAUCAUUUUCUCAAACAGGCCCAAGUCGGUCAUCUUCGAGAAGCUUCUCUAUGACUAUAGAGAUGUGGCAUCGGCACCUUAUGGCGAGUACUGGAGGCACGUGAAGAGUAUAUGUGUUCUCAAUCUUCUGAACAACAAGAGGGUUCGGUCUUUUUGCGCUGUUAGAGAAGAGGAAAUCAAAUCCAUGAUCGACGAUAUAACGCAACAUGCAUCAUCUUCAACAGUUGUGAAUUUAAGCGAAAUGUUAGCAAAACUAACUAAUGAUGUUGUAUGCAGAGCGGCUCUGGGGAGGAAGUACAGUAGCACUGAUUGUCUUGAAGGUGGUCAGACUUUUACUGGGCUCAUGCGGGAGUUUGGUGAGUUACUCGGGACCGUCAGUAUUGGAGACUUCAUUCCAUGGCUUGUUUGGGUGAAUCGUGUAAAUGGUUUGAAUGCUAAGUUAGACAAAUUGGCUAAGCAGUUAGACGACUUUUUGAAUAUUGUGAUUCAAGAACAUGAAGAUGAUCGUUACAGGAAUGGAAAUGAUGAUGAUCAUGCUAAGAGUGUCAAAGAAUGUCAAAAGGAUUUUGUGGACGUUUUGCUUGAGAUUCAAAAGGAGAACUCGCUUGGUUUUCCUCUUGACAUAGUUAGCAUUAAGGCUAUCAUUUUGGAUAUGUUUGCUGGUGGAACUGAUACCACAUAUACAGUACUAGAGUGGGCAAUGACGGAGCUUAUAAGGCAUCCAAGUAUCAUGAGCAAACUGCAAGAUGAGGUCCGGGGGAUAGUGGGAAACAAAUCACAAAUAAGUGAAAAUGAUUUGGUUGAUAUGCAUUACUUGAAGGCAGUGAUCAAAGAGACCCUUCGCUUCCAUCCUCCUAUUCCAUUAUUAGUGCCAAGAAAAUCCACUCAAGAUGUGAAAAUAAAGGGGUACGACAUCAAAGCCAACACCCAAGUUAUAGUUAAUGCAUGGAAAAUUGGAAGAGAUUCCAAGUCAUACGACAAUCCUGAGGAGUACAAUCCAGAAAGGUUCCUAAACACUAGUGGAAUAGAUUAUAAGGGAACCGACUUUCAGUUGAUUCCAUUUGGAGCUGGAAGAAGGAUAUGUCCCGGAAUUCAGUUUGCCACGGCUACUAAUGAGAUUGCUUUGGCAAAUUUGGUGCACAAAUUUGACUGGGCACUACCUGGUGAAGCAAAAUGUGAAGAAUUGGACAUGAGUGAAGCCACCGGACUAACCAUUCAUAGAAAAUAUCCUCUCAAAGUUAUUGCUAUACCACAUUCUUGUUGA